CGCGCCCUUUGCUGCAGGAAGUCACGCGUGCCCCCCCCCCCCUUGCCCGCCCGCUGCCCCCAUUGUAAGAGUCCUUAUUUUGUUCCUCUGAGGCGAGGCUUCUCUCCACGGAGGUUCUUCGGCUGUCGCUCGGCAGAUUUCAAGCGGCUUUGGCAUCGCUAUGCCAAGCCGGCGCUUCCCAACCUUUGUUGAGCCGAAGCAAACAUUUGAGAUGAGAAAAGAUCUCACAAAAGCUCCGCCUCCCUGAAGAGCUGCUGACGUCGUCUGCGCCGCCAUCGGCUCGGCCGUCAAUCACGCCGACUCCAUCCACCGAUCGCCGAUCGAUAUUUAAUGACAAAUAUAUUUAUCAAGCCGAGCCGCCGAUCACGGAAGGGACGGGCGCCGCUUCUACGUUAGCCUAGCUUAGCACGCCGGCUUGUAAUUAUUGUUAGUUGUCAUAGAAAUGAGAUGAGCAAGGCAAUAAAAUGUCGCACGUGGUGUCAAAUGUGAUUGGUUGAUUUACUGAAUGAGGGGCGGGCAUUUCAUCGAUUUUAUGGAUUCGACAUGGAGUUUGUUCGGCCGAACUAAAAGUCCCGAAAGAUAGAAUCCCGAUAUGAAUUGAACAAAAUCGUCAGCAUCGUCACUGUAAACGGAUGAAAAAGGAAUUUAUUCUGUGUCCAAAAUUGGAUUUAUCGUAAACGGGAGUGCGCCCCCAUUCGAUGGGGGGGGGGGGGGGGGGGGGCAAAGUGAUUUUAGCCAAUUUCUUUUCUCGUUCGCUACUAAAAAAUAUAUCGUGAGAUUCCUGUGGAAAACGUCGGACAUUCGGUCCGUCAUCAUAUUGCAAGUGACUUUUUGUGCGUUUUCGCACAUUUCCACAUUGUACAAAGCUAAUUGUAUUUUGGUUGUUGCUAUUAUUAUGACAUCGCUAUGAUGGGCCUCUCUCCAGUGGCAUUAACGGUAAACACGUCAUGAGUGACGUUUGUAAAAAUGGAACUCUUUGGACACUGAGAUGCAUUUGUGUUACUUACAAAUGAAGCUUUUCAAUUAAUAGGAGAAAAAUCGGAUAGAUCCCAAAAUUGAAUUAGCAAAAGUCAAUUUGGCACAAGCGCCUUCGUACGCGAGCUGCACGGGCACAACUGGCGCCAGGCGCUCCCUAAACAUGCAGUUUGGCUAACGGGUUAGCCGGUGAACAGCCAGGCAACGCUGCACUCUCGUUCGCCGACUCGCACGUCCCUCAGCUUCAAAGUCACAGAUACUACAGUGGCAAAUGUGAGGGUAGCAUACGUAGUCGCUCCUUUUUGCUAACAGAUUUUCAUUGGGUCUCGGGUGUUCCGGAACGUAGCCCCGCAAUCAACGAGGGACUCGUCGUCGAUUCCGCUGCGGUGAUCGAAUCGUACGAGUCAGGAACGGUCACAGGUUUUCCAUUUGGGGUCAAGGUUGCAUCAGCGGGGGUCUUCGUGGCCAGGAUGUGUUUGUCUGUUUGUUUUUAGUAACAAAUGGCAACGAACGGAGCAGCUGAGACCCUCGCUCACGCGGGAAGUGAUACGACAUCGCCGGACGGAGGCCACGUCGCUCACUCGUGGAAGGAGACGAGGUGAAAGUCCACUCAGAUUCUGUUCACACCGCCAACGCUCGCCUUUCGGGUCUCCGCUGCGUCAACAUGGCCGCCGGUCGAGACGACUGCAAGGAUGAGGUCACUAAGAGGCGGCGCCACCAGGCGAGCGAAGAGCCAAUCGGAGAGCAGCGGUUGGCGGAGGACAUGAUUUACACCAUCGAGGACGUGCCGCCCUGGUACCUGUGCGUCCUGCUGGGCCUGCAGCACUACCUGACCUGCUUCAGCGGGACGGUGGCCGUGCCCUUCCUGCUGGCCGAGGCCAUGUGCGUGGGCCAGGACCAGAACGCCGUCAGCCAGCUCAUCGGGACCAUUUUCACCACCGUGGGAAUCACCACGCUCAUACAGACCACCGUGGGAGUCAGACUUCCUCUGUUUCAAGCGUCCGCUCUCGCGUUCCUGAUUCCCGCGCAAGCCAUCCUCGGCCUGGAAAGAUGGACGUGCCCCAGUCGAGAGGAGAUUUACGGCAACUGGAGUUUCCCGCUGGACACGUCGCACGUUUGGCAACCCCGCAUCAGAGAGGUGUCCGUCCGUCCGUCCGGCCGUCUUCGAGCUUGCGAUCGACGGGAACGUUUGACGCGCGUACGUGUGUGUGUGUGUGCGCGCGCCCGUCAGAUCCAGGGCGCCAUCGUGGUCUCGAGCACGGUGGAGGUGGCGAUCGGCUUCCUGGGACUCCCCGGCAUCCUGCUGGAGUACAUCGGCCCGCUGACCGUCACGCCCACCGUGUCGCUCAUCGGCCUGUCCGUCUUCACCACGGCCGGCGAGCGCGCCGGAUCGCACUGGGGGUUCUCCGCGCUGUGCAUUCUCCUCAUCGUGCUGUUUGCGCAGUACUUGCGGACGACGUCGCUUCCUGUUCCCGUGUGCACGGGCAAGAAAGGCCUGAGCUUGAGCAGGGUUCACGUCUUCAAGAUGUUUCCCGUAAACGACAACUCGCCGCCUCGCCGGAAGGUUUCCAAAUGUUUUUUUGGGGGACUCGUUGUUGUUUUUCAGAUCAUCCUGGCCAUCGUCCUGGUGUGGCUCCUGUGUUACAUCUUCACCCUCAGCGACCUUCUGCCCAGCGACCCGCGACGUUACGGCCACAAGGCGCGCACCGACGCCCGCGGGGACAUCAUGACCUCCGCGCCCUGGUUCAGGGUGCCGUACCCCUGCCAGUGGGGGGUGCCGGUGGUGACGUUGGCGGGGGUGUUGGGCAUGUUCAGCGCCACCCUGGCGGGCAUCGUGGAGUCCAUCGGCGACUACUACGCGUGCGCUCGCCUCGCCGGGGCGCCGCCGCCUCCGGUCCACGCCAUCAACAGAGGGAUCUUCACCGAGGGCGUGUGCUGCAUCAUCGCGGGACUCUUGGGCACCGGAAACGGAUCCACGUCCUCCAGCCCCAACAUCGGCGUGCUCGCCAUCACCAAGGUGGGCAGCCGUCGCGUGGUCCAGUACGGCGCCGGCAUCAUGUUGCUGCUGGGAUGCGUCGGAAAGUUCACGGCGCUGUUCGCGUCCCUGCCAGAUCCCAUCCUGGGAGGAAUGUUCUGCACGCUCUUUGGGAUGAUCACGGCGGUGGGGCUUUCCAACCUGCAGCUGGUGGACCUCAACUCGUCCCGCAAUCUCUUCGUGCUGGGCUUCUCCAUGUUCUUCGGCCUCACGCUGCCCGCCUACCUGGACGCGCACCCCAACUCCAUCGACACGGGUGUGGAGGAGCUCAACCAGAUCCUGACGGUUCUUCUGUCCACCGAGAUGUUUGUGGGAGGUUUCCUGGCCUUCUGCCUGGACAACACCGUUCCAGGGUCGAGAGAGGAGCGCGGCCUCCUGCGGUGGAGCGCCUCCACGUCCUCGGCGUCCUCGUCGCCCUCGUACGACUUCCCCGCGGGGAUGGCGCUGGUCCGACGGGUCGACUGCCUCAGGAGGCUGCCCGUCAGUCCCACCUUCAGGGGGUGGGGCGCUUCCGGAGACCGAGAGCGAGGGGCGGAGCUCGCAGAGGAAGAUGCCGACGCCUCGACCAAAGUUUGACGUGUGUCGCUGGAGGUUUUGGAGCGUACCCACGUGGCACUGCUGCCUGCGUGCAUGUACAUUGCGUGUUGGAAUGUUGAUGUAGAAUGCCAAACACAGGUCAUGUGUAAUGUGUGUGAAAGGUAUUUUCAUGUCUUGAUGUCUUGUGAGCUGUAUUUUCAUUCGUAAUAACUUCUGGUCAUUUUGAGCAACUUAUACACAUAAUGUACGUUCUUAUUAUCUAACGCGAGAUUUUUAACACAUUAUACAACACAUUAUCAGUGUGAUUUUUGUUUUUCUUGAAAAGCCAGAUUUAUACUGUGAAAUAUGUGCAUGAUACAAAAUCUAAAAUCCCCCAAAUAUUUGUUUUGUUCAAAAGGACCAAUAAAGGCUCCAGUUUGAUAGAAA